GGUGGGAGAGGACGCUUGGGAGCGAUCGUGUCCACGGCCCUGGUCAUUUCUCCAUAUGUCUUGAUAAAAUAACCACAUAGAAUAACUGUCUGAAGACAAUUUUACAUUACAGUCUCAGUGGCUUGGCUUAGAUCACUGUCCAAGUUCCUGCUGACACCAAGCACUUCAAAUUCCCUUCCUCAAUGGAAACAUCCUAAAUACUUGGUAAUCAUUAGAUAACAUGCUAGUGCAUUGCAAAUCUUAAUCUGGGACUCCUUCCACAAGCAGGUGCCUCCCAAGAAAUUGGAUCCUAUCAAGAGAAGAGCUGGAAAAUUCUAGUAAUGGUGUGUGUGAGGGGGGUGUCAUUUCCAGUGUUGCAUGCCUGCAACCAGUUCUGAAAACAUUUCCAAUCUCAUAGAAAGUGCUGGUGAUAAUUAGUAAAUGAAAACUUUAAUGAACAGUUAGCUACAUCCCAUUUUCUUGUUUUUUCCCCCCCAUCUCCAUUCCUGGGGAAUGUGACUGAAUAUACUUGAGCGAAAAGUACUGGCCCACACGUGACCGAUAGGCAUUCUGGCAAAAGAAGAUGGGAGCACCACAAGCUCUUGCUUUGUUUUGAAGCUGUUCCAAGAGCUGGAUUGUCUGCACCUAUUGGCACGCAUCAAACAAAGGAUAAAACCUCCUAUGUGGAACAGCCAGCGUGAGUGCAUCUCCAUCCAUGUUGGCCAAGCCGGUGUGCAGAUUGGCAAUGCAUGUUGGGAACUCUACUGCUUGGAGCAUGGGAUUCAGCCUAAUGGCACAAUGCCAAGUGACAAAACAAUUGGUGGUGGAGACGACUCAUUUAACACCUUCUUCAGUGAGACUGGUGCUGGAAAGCACGUCCCUCGUGCUGUGUUCGUGGAUCUGGAGCCAGCAGUAAUAGAUGAGGUGAGGAAUGGAACAUAUAGGCAGCUUUUCCAUCCUGAACAACUGAUUUCUGGCAAGGAAGAUGCUGCUAAUAAUUAUGCAAGAGGUCACUAUACUGUAGGCAAAGAAAUAAUCGACCUUGUACUGGAGCGUGUCAGGAAGCUGGCUGACCAGUGCACUGGGUUGCAAGGAUUCCUGAUUUUCCACAGUUUUGGAGGAGGCACUGGUUCAGGGUUCACUUCUCUGCUGAUGGAACGCCUCUCAGUUGACUAUGGAAAGAAGUCAAAAUUAGAAUUUGCUAUAUACCCAGCUCCCCAAGUUUCAACUGCUGUUGUUGAGCCAUAUAACUCGAUCCUGACUACCCACACCACCCUUGAACACUCUGACUGUGCCUUCAUGGUUGAUAAUGAAGCUAUCUAUGACAUCUGUCGUAGGAACCUGGACAUUGAACGCCCAACCUACACCAACCUUAACCGUCUCAUUGGUCAGAUUGUCUCCUCAAUCACGGCAUCUCUCAGAUUUGAUGGUGCCUUAAAUGUGGAUCUGACAGAGUUUCAGACAAACCUGGUGCCUUACCCCAGAAUCCAUUUUCCCCUGGUAACAUAUUCACCCAUUAUUUCAGCAGAAAAAGCUUACCAUGAGCAGCUUUCAGUCUCUGAGAUUACCAAUGCUUGCUUUGAGCCAUCCAAUCAGAUGGUGAAGUGUGAUCCUCGCCAUGGCAAGUACAUGGCCUGUUGCAUGUUGUAUCGUGGAGAUGUUGUCCCCAAGGAUGUCAAUGCUGCUAUUGCUGCUAUCAAAACGAAACGCACCAUUCAGUUUGUUGACUGGUGUCCCACUGGUUUUAAGGUGGGUAUAAAUUAUCAGCCCCCAACAGUAGUUCCUGGUGGUGACUUGGCCAAAGUCCAACGUGCAGUCUGUAUGCUCAGCAAUACUACAGCCAUUGCAGAAGCCUGGGCCCGCCUGGACCACAAGUUUGACUUAAUGUAUGCCAAGCGUGCCUUUGUCCAUUGGUAUGUAGGAGAAGGAAUGGAAGAAGGAGAGUUUUCAGAGGCACGGGAGGAUCUGGCUGCACUUGAGAAGGAUUAUGAGGAAGUAGGCACAGACUCCUUGGAUGGUGAAGAUGAAGGCGAGGAGUAUUAAAUAUCACAAAGGUCUAUAGUGUGGUUGUUACCGUUUGCUGUUUCAUUUGUAAUAAAAGCAAAUGGGAACACAUCUCAAAUGUAAACUGUACAUUUAGCAUUCCUUGCUAGAGUGCUUGGAACAAACUUGUAUAACCAAGAUACUUUGCCAGUUGAUGCAAGCACUAGAACAUUCAGCUGAAUAUAAAUAAAAUGUUCUUGCAUAUUAA